ACUUUGGUGUCAGCAGCUCAUCUGGUGUCAAUCAGUCUGAUUUCUCAGAGGUUUUGUCCAAGAAGUCCUGUCGACUGUCUGUGAUGUUAUUCCCCCCCUCUCCAUGGUUUUACAUGUGAUGCAGCAACAAUGUGUAGCCAAUAUGCAAAACGUCCCGGUAUGUAGGUGAGCAUGCAUGUUCCCAUGACGCGCCAGACACCGUGAACGUGCUUCGGGCUGCUGUUACUAUAAUGCAAUGGCGGCGGUGCUGUGCACCAGAGAUGGAUGAGUUACCGGUUCAAAUCCGCUCGACGCAGACACCGUGGAUUAGGAAACACACCUCUGUCCAGAUCAACCGAAUUCGUAACUGUUUGGUGAUUUAGCCUCAACGUCACUUUAGGAAUGUGUCUAGCAGGGUUAGCUAACGAGCUAAUGCCAGUCUGUGCCAGGGUGAUGUAGGGCUUUUCCGCACAUCUGUCUGCAGUAGCCACCACCCGCCUGCUAACGUUACACCAGGCAACCGGCUGAACAUCACUCCGUCCCUCGACGGGGAGUCUCGGCCCACUCGGACCGGAACAUCAUGGCUGAGAGGAAUUCUACCGGAUUACUAAUGAUGUUGGAACCGAGCCCGGCUAUCGCCAUGUCACUGCCGGUGGAGGUCCGGGAGAAGCUGGCGGAGUUGGAGCUGGAACUGUCGGAAGGGGACAUCACACAGAAGGGAUAUGAGAAGAAGAGAGCCAAGCUGCUGGCCCCCUACAUCCCUCAGAUACAAGGUGUAGAACCAUCUCUGCAGAAGGAGAACAGGAUCCAGAUGUCUCAGGCUGCUCCACCAGGAUCCAAACACAACAAGUCUCGGGCCACCAACACGCGGGAUGAACGUUUCAGAUCUGACCUGCAUACAGAAGCCGUUCACGCUGCCUUGGCCAAGUACAAAGAGCGGAAGAUGCCAAUGCCCUCCAAGAGACGCUCUGUUCUAGUUCAGUCCUCUGUAGAGGCAUGCACUCCCCCAGACACGUCCUCGGCAUCAGAAGACGAGGGUUCACUGCGUCGUGCGGGCCGGAUGGUGUCCUCCACGCCGUACCAGAACCACCCGGCGCCGAACGUAGAACACUGGUUUAACAGAGUCAUCCAGGGCUCCUCCACCUCCUCCUCUGCAUCCUCCACCUCAUCCCAUCCUGGAGGGAGUGUCCACGCUACUGCCGCCGUGCUGGCUGACCUCAUGGCAUACACCCAGAUAGAUAACCACGCUGCCCCCCCAGACGUGACUGGCCUAUUGGAACACUCGCUGCAUGUGGACAGAGACAGACCCCCGGUGGCGUCGGUGAAGGUGGUCCCCAGGGGGUACAACCACUCCGGCGUCAUGGAAACCGCUGAUGGUGUCCCAGUGAACAGCAGAGUGUCCUAUAAGAUCCAGCAGCUUCUCAACACUCUGAAGAGACCUAAGAGACCGUCACUUAGAGAGUUCUUCAUUGAUGACUUCGAGGAGCUUGUAGAUGUUCAGCAGCCGGACCCUAACCAGCCCAAGGCGGAGGGGAACCAGAUGUCCCCUCUAGCAGGCGAGCCUCUGGGUGUAGUGACCAACUGGCCUCCCUCCCUGCUGGCCUCCCUCCAGCGCUGGGGCAUCACCCAGCCCAGGAGCCCCUGUCUCACUGCCCUGGACAACGCUGGUAAACCAGUGUACACUCUUACCUACGGCAAGCUGUGGACACGCAGCCAGAAACUGGCCUUCACGCUUCUGAACAAACUGAGCACUAGGAACGAGCCACUACUGCUGCCUGGAGAUAGAGUUGCUCUAGUGUUCCCCAACAGUGACCCUGUGAUGUUUAUGGUGGCAUUCUAUGGAUGUCUGCUGGCAGAGCUGAUCCCUGUGCCCAUUGAGGUGCCCCUCACCAGGAAGGAUGCAGGCAGCCAGCAGAUAGGUUUCCUGUUGGGCAGCUGUGGGGUGACUCUUGCUCUGACUACUGAUGCCUGUCAGAAGGGCUUGCCUAAAGCACAGACUGGAGAGGUGGUCACGUUUAAAGGCUGGCCACGGUUGCUGUGGUUCGUAACAGAUGGGAAGCACGUUGUAAAGCCGCCCAAAGACUGGCACCCCACCAUCAGGGAAGCUAACAAUGAGAUUGCCUAUAUAGAGUACAAGACCAGUAAGGAGGGGAGCACAAUGGGUAUAACUGUCUCUCAUCCAGCCAUGCUAGCCCACUGUCACGCUCUCACACAGGCCUGUGGAUACACUGAGGCUGAGACCAUUUGCAACGUCCUGGACUUCAAGAGAGAUGCAGGCUUGUGGCACGGGGUUCUCACCAGUGUGAUGACCAGGAUGCACGUGAUCAGCAUCCCUUACUCCCUGAUGAAGGUCAACCCUCUCUCCUGGAUUCAGAAGGUCCACACUUACAAAGCACGCGUAGCUGUGGUGAAGUCCAGAGAUAUGCACUGGUCCCUGUUGGCCCAGAGAGACCAGAGAGACAUCAGCCUGAGCUCUCUGAGGAUGCUCAUUGUAACUGAUGGAGCUAACCCCUGGUCGAUAUCCUCGUGUGACGCCUUCCUGAACGUGUUCCAGGCACGUGGGCUACGUCCUGAAGUGAUCUGCCCAUGUGCCAGCUCUGCUGAGGGCAUGACGGUCGCCAUCCGAAGACCUCCGGAGUCGGGCGUCCCUCCACCAGGGAAGGCAGUUCUGUCCAUGAGUGGUCUGAGCCACAGUGUGAUCCGGGUAGACACCGAGGAGAAGCUCUCUGUCCUCACAGUGCAGGACGUGGGCCAGGUCAUGCCAGGCGCGCUGGUGUGUGUGGUACGUGUGGAGGGAACUCCGUAUCUCUGCCAGACAGAUGAGGUGGGGGAGAUCUGUGUGAGUUCUGGGAGCACCGGCGUGGCAUACUACGGCCUCCCGGGCAUGACCAAGAACACCUUCCAGACCAUCCCAGUAAGAGCGUCAGGAGGUCCCAUCAGUGGCAGACCCUUCACCAGGACGUCACUACUGGGCUUUGUAGGACCUGACAACCUAGUGUUUAUCGUGGGUAGAAUGGACGGGCUGAUGACGGUGUGUGGGCGGAGACACAACGCUGAUGAUGUGGUUGCCACGGCGCUGGCAGUGGAGCCCAUGAAGUUUGUCUACAGGGGGAGGAUAGCAGUGUUCUCCGUCUCGGUUCUCCAUGAUGAGCGUAUUGUAGUGGUGGCAGAACAGAGACCAGAUGCUUCAGAGGAGGGCAGCUUCCAGUGGAUGAGCCGCGUUCUACAGGCUAUAGACAGUAUUCACCAGGUGGGGGUGUACUGUCUAGCUCUGGUCCCUGCCAACACAAUGCCCAAGGCUCCGCUGGGGGGGAUCCAUAUCUCAGAGACCAAACAGAGGUUUCUGGAAGGAGCUCUCCACCCCUGCAACGUCCUCAUGUGUCCUCACAGCUGUGUUACCAACCUGCCCAAACCACGGCAGAAACAACCAGAGGUGGGUCCUGCCUCUAUGAUCGUGGGGAACCUGGUAGCAGGGAAGAGGAUUGCUCAGGCCUGUGGGAGAGACGUGGCUCAACUAGAGGACAAUGACCAGGCACGUAAGUUCCUGUACAUGCAGGAUGUUCUCCAGUGGAGAGCCCAGGCCACACCUGACCAUCCCCUGUUCCUGGUGCUCAACGCCAAGGGCACAGUGUCCAGCACUGCUUCCUGUCUGCAGCUGCAAAAGCGGGCGGAGCGUGUUGCCAUGGCACUGAUAGAGAAGGGACGCCUCAACCCCGGAGAUCACGUAGCACUGGUUUACCCUCCAGGUAUUGACCUGAUCGCUACGUUCUAUGGGUGUCUGUACGCUGGCUGUGUUCCUGUCACCGUCAGACCCCCUCAUCCUCAGAACCUGGCCACCACCCUGCCCACCGUCAAGAUGAUUGUAGAGGUCAGUAAAUCGGUGUGUAUCCUGACCACCCAAGCAAUAAUGAAGCUGUUGAAGUCCAAAGAGGCUGCGGCUGCUGUGGACGUCAAGUCAUGGCCAAUGGUACUGGACACAGAUGACCUCCCCAGGACGAAGAGGCUUCAGAUCUACAAACCUCCCACCCCAGAGAUGCUGGCAUACCUGGACUUCAGUGUGUCCACCAUGGGCAUCCUGGCUGGAGUCAAGAUGUCCCAUGCUGCCACCAGUGCCUUGUGUCGCUCCAUCAAGCUGCAGUGUGAGCUGUACCCGUCCCGCCAGAUAGCCAUCUGUCUGGACCCCUACUGCGGCCUGGGCUUCGCUCUCUGGUGCCUCAGCAGUGUAUACUCUGGCCACCAGUCGAUCCUGGUUCCUCCUCUAGAGUUGGACAGUAAUGUUUCUCUGUGGUUGUCAGCUGUCAGCCAGUAUAAAGUCAGAAUCACAUUCUGCUCCUACUCUGUCAUGGAGAUGUGUACCAAGGGCCUGGGGACACAGACUGAGACACUACGGUUGCGUAACAUAAACCUGUCGUGUGUUAGGACCUGUAUGGUUGUAGCAGAGGAGCGUCCUCGUAUCACUCUGACCCAGUCCUUCUCUAAGAUCUUUAAAGACCUGGGUUUGUCUCCUCGAGCCGUCAGCACCACCUUCGGCUGCAGGGUCAACAUGGCCGUCUGUCUGCAGGGUACGUCAGGACCAGACCCUACCACAGUCUACCUGGACAUGAGAGCUCUGAGACAUGAAAGGGUUCGUAUGGUAGAGAGAGGCUCUCCACACAGUCUGUCUCUCAUGGAGUCUGGCAAGAUCCUUCCUGGGGUGAAGGUGGUUAUCGCCAACACAGAGACCAAAGGACCUCUAGGAGACUCCCACCUGGGAGAGGUGUGGGUGAGCAGCCCCCACAAUGCAACAGGUUACUACACGGUGUAUGGAGAGGAUGCUCUGCAUGCGGACCACUUCAACACCAAGCUGAGCUUUGGAGACACGCAGACGGUCUGGGCCAGAACAGGAUACCUGGGUUUCCUACGACGCACUGAGCUCACCGACGCCAGCGGAGAACGUCAUGAUGCUCUCUAUGUGGUGGGGUCUCUGGAUGAGACAUUGGAGCUGAGAGGGAUGAGGUAUCAUCCCAUCGACAUCGAGACAUCCGUUAUCCGCUCACACAAGAGCAUCGCUGAAUGUGCUGUGUUCACGUGGACCAACCUCCUGGUGGUAGUAGUGGAGCUGUCUGGAUCAGAGCAGGAGGCUCUGGACCUAGUUCCCCUGGUGACUAACGUGGUUCUGGAGGACCACUACCUGAUAGUGGGUGUAGUGGUGGUGGUGGAUCCAGGGGUUAUACCUAUCAACUCAAGAGGAGAGAAACAGAGGAUGCACCUACGGGAUGGCUUCCUGGCUGACCAGCUGGACCCCAUUUAUGUGGCCUACAAUAUGUAAACAACAACAUGUCAACAAGAUGUAAACACCUGGACCCCGUCUAUGUAACGUGUAAACAGAGGAGGAGGAGGAGGGAGAGCCGCUCAGAGAAUGAGAAAUGGACUAUGGACCACACAGCAGAAAUGGACUAUGGACCACACAGCAGAAAUGGACUAUGGACCACACAGCAGAAAUGGACUAUGGACCACACAGCAGAAAUGGACUAUGGACCACACAGCAGAAAUGGACCAUGGACCACACAGCAGAAACCUCUUGGUGUCUCUUUCUCCCUGUUUGAGUCCCAGCAGAAUAGUGGUGGGGCUGUACAGUCAGAAUAGUGAUGGUGUUGGUGGGGCUGUACAGUCAGAAUAGUGAUGGGUCUUGGUGGGGCUGUACAGUCAGAAUAGUGAUGGUCUUGGUGGGGCUGUACAGUCAGAAUAGUGAUGGGUCUUUGUGGGGCUGUACAGUCAGAAUAGUGAUGGUCUUGGUGGGGCUGUACAGUCAGAAUAGUGAUGGGUCUUGGUGGGGCUGUACAGUCAGAAUAGUGAUGGGUCUUGGUGGGGCUGUACAGUCAGAAUAGUGAUGGGUCUUGGUGGGGCUGUACAGUCAGAAUAGUGAUGGUCUUGGUGGGGCUCUACAGUCAGAAUAGUGAUGGGUCUUGGUGGGGCUGUACAGUCAGAAUAGUGAUGGGUCUUGGUGGGGCUGUACAGUCAGAAUAGUGAUGGGUCUUGGUGGGGCUGUACAGUCAGAAUAGUGAUGGGUCUUGUUGGGGCUGUACAGUCAGAAUAGUGAUGGUCUUGGUGGGGCUGUACAGUCAGAAUAGUGAUGGGUCUUGUUGGGGCUGUACAUUCAGAAUAGUGAUGGUCUUGGUGGGGCUGUACAGUCAGAAUAGUGAUGGGUCUUGGUGGGGCUGUACAGUCAGAAUAGUGAUGGUCUUGGUGGGGCUGUACAGUCAGAAUAGUGAUGGGUCUUGGUGGGGCUGUACAGUCAGAAUAGUGAUGGUCUUGGUGGGGCUGUACAGUCAGAAUAGUGAUGGUCUUGGUGGGGCUGUACAGUCAGAAUAGUGAUGGUCUUGGUGGGGCUGUACAUUCAGAAUAGUGAUGGGUCUUGGUGGGGCUGUACAGUCAGAAUAGUGAUGGGUCUUGGUGGGGCUGUACAGUCAGAAUAGUGAUGGUCUUGGUGGGGAUGUACAGUCAGAAUAGUGAUGGGUCUUGGUGGGGCUGUACAGUCAGAAUAGUGAUGGUCUUGGUGGGGCUGUACAGUCAGAAUAGUGAUGGGUCUUUGUGGGGCUGUACAGUCAGAAUAGUGAUGGUCUUGGUGGGGCUGUACAGUCAGAAUAGUGAUGGGUCUUGGUGGGGCUGUACAGUCAGAAUAGUGAUGGGUCUUGGUGGGGCUGUACAGUCAGAAUAGUGAUGGGUCUUGGUGGGGCUGUACAGUCAGAAUAGUGAUGGGUCUUGGUGGGGCUGUACAGUCAGAAUAGUGAUGGUCUUGGUGGGGCUCUACAGUCAGAAUAGUGAUGGGUCUUGGUGGGGCUGUACAGUCAGAAUAGUGAUGGUCUUGGUGGGGCUGUACAGUCAGAAUAGUGAUGGGUCUUGGUGGGGCUGUACAGUCAGAAUAGUGAUGGGUCUUGUUGGGGCUGUACAGUCAGAAUAGUGAUGGUCUUGGUGGGGCUGUACAGUCAGAAUAGUGAUGGGUCUUGUUGGGGCUGUACAUUCAGAAUAGUGAUGGUCUUGGUGGGGCUGUACAGUCAGAAUAGUGAUGGGUCUUGGUGGGGCUGUACAGUCAGAAUAGUGAUGGUCUUGGUGGGGCUGUACAGUCAGAAUAGUGAUGGGUCUUGGUGGGGCUGUACAGUCAGAAUAGUGAUGGUCUUGGUGGGGCUGUACAGUCAGAAUAGUGAUGGUCUUGGUGGGGCUGUACAGUCAGAAUAGUGAUGGGUCUUGGUGGGGCUGUACAGUCAGAAUAGUGAUGGGUCUUGGUGGGGCUGUACAGUCAGAAUAGUGAUGGGUCUUGGUGGGGCUGUACAGUCAGAAUAGUGAUGGGUCUUGGUGGGGCUGUACAGUCAGAAUAGUGAUGGUCUUGGUGGGGAUGUACAGUCAGAAUAGUGAUGGGUCUUGGUGGGGCUGUACAGUCAGAAUAGUGAUGGUCUUGGUGGGGCUGUACAGUCAGAAUAGUGAUGGGUCUUUGUGGGGCUGUACAGUCAGAAUAGUGAUGGUCUUGGUGGGGCUGUACAGUCAGAAUAGUGAUGGGUCUUGGUGGGGCUGUACAGUCAGAAUAGUGAUGGGUCUUGGUGGGGCUGUACAGUCAGAAUAGUGAUGGGUCUUGGUGGGGCUGUACAGUCAGAAUAGUGAUGGGUCUUGGUGGGGCUGUACAGUCAGAAUAGUGAUGGUCUUGGUGGGGCUCUACAGUCAGAAUAGUGAUGGGUCUUGGUGGGGCUGUACAGUCAGAAUAGUGAUGGUCUUGGUGGGGCUGUACAGUCAGAAUAGUGAUGGGUCUUGGUGGGGCUGUACAGUCAGAAUAGUGAUGGGUCUUGUUGGGGCUGUACAGUCAGAAUAGUGAUGGUCUUGGUGGGGCUGUACAGUCAGAAUAGUGAUGGGUCUUGUUGGGGCUGUACAUUCAGAAUAGUGAUGGUCUUGGUGGGGCUGUACAGUCAGAAUAGUGAUGGGUCUUGGUGGGGCUGUACAGUCAGAAUAGUGAUGGUCUUGGUGGGGCUGUACAGUCAGAAUAGUGAUGGGUCUUGGUGGGGCUGUACAGUCAGAAUAGUGAUGGUCUUGGUGGGGCUGUACAGUCAGAAUAGUGAUGGUCUUGGUGGGGCUGUACAGUCAGAAUAGUGAUGGGUCUUGGUGGGGCUGUACAGUCAGAAUAGUGAUGGGUCUUGGUGGGGCUGUACAGUCAGAAUAGUGAUGGGUCUUGGUGGGGCUGUACAGUCAGAAUAGUGAUGGGUCUUGGUGGGGCUGUACAGUCAGAAUAGUGAUGGGUCUUGGUGGGGCUGUACAGUCAGAAUAGUGAUGGUCUUGGUGGGGCUGUACAGUCAGAAUAGUGAUGGUCUUGGUGGGGCUGUACAGUCAGACCAGGAAGGCAGGGGACUAGAUGGGACUGGAGGAGCAGGCAGGGGACUAGAUGGGACUGGAGGAGCAGGCAGGGGACUAGGUGGGACUGGAGGAGCAGGCAGGGGACUGGAGGAGCAGGCAGGGGGCUAGAUGGGACUGGAGGAGCAGGCAGGGGACUGGAGGAGCAGGCAGGGGGCUAGAUGGGACUGGAGGAGCAGCCUAAUGCCAACACUGUGGAGGAGAUGGAAGGGACUGAUUGUUCAUUCCAGCUGGGUUCCUUUAACAAUGUUACGUUACAAUUUUAUAUCAUACACUUAUUAGUACUUUAUGGCAUGAAGAGUUGAAGACACAUGUCCUCCUUGGUCUCAGCAGUCCAUUCCAAAAAUAACUGUUGAAACAGUCCAAAACAGAGAACUUUAACGUAUAAAAUAUGUCAGAUAUUAUUCCAACACUAAUUGUUUCAGACUUCAUGUAAUCAGUUGAUACUCUGGCAAAUAACAUCAUUGGAAUUUAACAUGAUCAACUUGCCACAUGUUUUAAAUAAGGCCUUAAGUAUUCCCAGAUGCCUGUUCCUGUCUGAUUUUACUUGUGUUGAUGUGAGGCAGCUGGUUGGCUGAGGAGGUCAGGUUGAAUGAUUCGCCCUUGUGCACGUCCCAAUAUCUCCUGAAGUGUGCGCUUGUUCACUACUUCCCACAAAUCUAAAAGCAUUGUAUUGGUGGAGGGAUGGUCUACUGGGAGUUUCCACCAUAUUUGUUAUACCAGUCAUUUCCUUUGUAAUCAGUGGAGGGAUGUGAACACGUUCACACUUUAAACAUUUGGAGCAUAGCCCUUCUCUCUGUGUGGCUGCAACAUGAAUACUCUUUCAUUGUUUGUAUCUAGUGGAAUCGGGAGGUAUUUUUGCUGAAGAUAUUAUGAAUAAAAAGCUCAUAGAUCACAUGGAGACAUGGGGUCUGAUGAGGGCCAGGCGGUGACAUAUUACAUGAUUCCCUCAGAAGACUUCUCUAAUGAGUGAGAGGUUCAUGUUGUUCUUCUACUGUCAUACCUGCUAUGUUAAGACCACUUCUCUGUAUCCAUAAUGCAUCAUGUUGGCCCAGGCAAUAGCCUGCUGUAAGUAUGUACAGAGUUAUGUAAGUUAAUAUUAUUGGGCCCCUGAUAGAGCCUCUUGCUCUGGGUACAUGGUUCAUGUGUGGGACGAUACUGAAUAUGUUUCAGAUGAACCUCCAGACUAACCACAUAUUAACAUGUUACUGUCUGAAGACAACAGAACAAAAGGAAAGAAGCCUUGUAAUAUGUAUUGUAUGAACACUGAGGACUGGCAACUGCAGGGAGGCAACACCCUGGGGACUGGCAACUGCAGGGAGGCAACCAAGCAACACCCUGGGGACUGGCUACUGCAGGGAGGCAACACCCUGGGGACUGGCAACUGCAGGGAGGCAACCAAGCAACACCCUGGGGACUGGCUACUGCAGGGAGGCAACCAAGCAACACCCUGGGGACUGGCAACUGCAGGGAGGCAACCAAGCAACACCCUGGGGACUGGCAACUGCAGGGAGGCAACCAAGCAACACCCUGGGGACUGGCUACUGCAGGGAGGCAACCAAGCAACACCCUGGGGACUGGCUACUGCAGGGAGGCAACCAAGCAACACCCUGGGGACUGGCUACUGCAGGGAGGCAACCAAGCAACACCUUGGGGACUGGCAACUGCAGGGAGGCAACCAAGCAACACCCUGGGGACUGGCUACUGCAGGGAGGCAACCAAGCAACACCCUGGGGACUGGCAACUGCAGGGAGGCAACCAAGCAACACCCUGGGGACUGGCAACUGCAGGGAGGCAACCAAGCAACACCCUGGAGACUGGCUACUGCAGGGAGACAACCAAGCAACACCCUGGGGACUGGCAACUGCAGGGAGGCAACCAAGCAACACCCUCCCUGGAGACUGGCUACUGCAGGGAGGCAACCAAGCAACACCCUGGAGACUGGCUACUGCAGGGAGACAACCAAGCAACACCCUCCCUGGAGACUGGCUACUGCAGGGAGGCAACCAAGCAACACCCUGGAGACUGGCUACUGCAGGGAGGCAACCAAGCAACACCCUGGAGACUGGCUACUGCAGGGAGGCAACCAAGCAACACCCUGGAGACUGGCUACUGCAGGGAGACAACCAAGCAACACCUUGGGGACUGGCUACUGAAGAGCGACAACCAAACAACUUUCUGACAGACUGUUCUGAUGAAUGGUGACAUCUGUCAUCCUGGAGAUAUUUUGAGGACAUUCUGUUUGUGUAAAGAUUCAUGUGUCUAUGGUUUGUUUGUUAUUUUCACAACAUGCUUUCUUAAUAAAUACAAUACUUUUAUCACA